AUGGAUCAGACCACUUUUUGCUUUUAUCAGAAAACAGUGGAAUCAGAGAAUUCUUUCUUGCUACUGUCUAGUCAGGGGAGGUCCCCGCCGCCGCUCCAGCGCAGCGCAGCCGUCGCCGCCGCCGCCACCGCCCCUUCCCAUCCGCCCGCCACGGCGAGCGCAUCCCCCUCGCAGGAGCGCCAGAACCACCACCAGGACUCGGAGGCCGCCCUCAACCGCCAGAUCAGCCUGGAGCUCUACGCCUCCUAUGGGUACCUGUCCAUGUCGUACUAUUUGGACCGCGAUGAUGUGGCUUUGAAGAACUUUGCCAAGUACUUUCUUCACCAAUCUCAUGAGGAGAGGGAACAUGCCGAGAGACUAAUGAAGCUGCAGAACCAGCGAGGCGGCCGAAUCUUCCUUCAGGAUAUCAAGAAACCAGACCGUGAUGACUGGGAGAAUGGGCUGAAUGCAAUGGAACGUGCGCUGUGCUUGGAAAGAAGUGUGAAUCAAUCACUACUGGAACUGCACAAACUGGCCGCUGAAAAAAAUGAUCCCCAUCUGUGUGAUUUCAUUGAGCUUCAUUACCUGAAUGAGCAGGUGGAAGCCAUCAAAGAAUUGGGUGACCACAUAACCAACCUGCGCAAGAUGGGGGCCCCUGGGUCUGGCAUGGCAGAGUACCUCUUUGACAAGCACACCCUGGGACACAUUGAGCGCUAA